AUGAAUAUGCCUUCCUAAUUCGUAGUUUCUGAUCGUUAACUUUUUGAUUUCAAGAAACCUCAGAAUAAAUCAGAUUCAGAAGAAGAAUUGCAGUUAUAACAAUAACUCCUGUAAAAUUACACCAGAAGAUAGAAAAAGCUUUUGGAUAUUGAAGCCAUAAAAUAAGAGCUAAACAGUCGACCCUAAAUUGAUUCUGAAGUUAGUCCCAGGAUUGGUAAAAUGUCAUCUCGGUUGAGGGCUAAAAGUCCACCUAAUUUUAUACUUCCCACUUCUCCAUUAUUGAUAGAAUAAUUGCAAUCGGUUAGUUCCAUCAAAUUGAUGAAAGAACAAGUCCCAGUUGAAAUUAUGAAUAAGGUCUACUCUGAGUUAAGAUAUUCAUAUGUUCCUGCAAAUACUGCAGUUUAUAGGUAAGGAGACUCAAAUAAAAAAUAUUAUAUCCUUUUAGAUGGAAAAUGUGUAGUGAUGAAACCUAAAGACAAAAUGGUUGGUUUUCUUAAGUUAGAGUCGGAAUAAGAAGGCAAGGCUAAACAACAAAAUAUGAGAAGGAAUGAUCCUGAUCCCUAUGGAUUGAAGAGUGCUUUUCCAGAUUAUAAAGUUCUCAAAGUCUUAAUCAAUGGAGACGCUUUCGGUGAAGCAGCAAUCAAAAUGUACAGUCCAAGAGCUUCUACUGUUUUUGCAAUUGAGAACUCGCAUCUCGUAUUCCUUAGUGAACAAGCCUAUUUAUAACUUUUAGAUCCCUUUCUUAGUAAAUCUUUGGAUGAUAAAAUAAACUACUUUACUCAAACUCCAAUUUUCAAAGAAAUUGACUUCGAAUUGAAUGAAAUUAUGGGGAUCCUUAUAGAGUGUCAUCAAAUCACAUAUAAAGCAUCAGAAAUACUGUAUGAAGAAAAUGAAAGAUCCAAUCACAUAUAUUUCAUAAUUAAUGGCUAAGUAGAAUUGUCUAAAUAGUUGAAAUCUAAACAAAUCGUUCUGUCCUCUUAUGGUGAAUAUCAACAUUUUGGAGAAGUGGAAGUUUUCCAUAACAUACCAAGAUUUACUAGAGCAAGGGUGAUAUCUCCUAGACUUACUGUGUAUAAAAUUGGACAAUCUAAAUUCUUUGAUAAUCUAGGAAAUAUACAAAUUUAUGAAAACUUUAAAAGUACUUCAAAAGUAAUACUUAAACAUUGGACUCUAAUUUUUGAAACAGCCAAAUCUUAAGUUAAUUAAAAAGAUGAAAUCUUCCAAGCAGCUCAAGAUCAAUUAACUAAUCGAAGAAAUGAAUCCUCAAAAUAGAUUGUUAACAAAUAGAUCAUAGAAGUUCAGGGAGAUAAACUCAGUCAAGUCAAAGUGUUCCAAAAUCUUGCAGACAGUAAUAUUCAGGAUAUUAAAUCUAUUGGAAAUUCACCCAUUAAAACUAUUUUAUAACGGGUCUACAGCAACGCACUUUAGCAAUACUAGGCUAAAUUACUUAAGAUGCCUUUAUAAACCCAAUGUUCUGAUGAUCAUUGUAUUAGAAGUCAUAAAGAUAAAACCUUCUUUUAUACCGAAAGGAGUAGUCCAGAGAGAAGGAGAAAUAGCCAGUUGAAUCCGAGAUUACCAACUAUGGCCUAGAACUCAUCUUCAAAUUCUAAAGUAGAUUUGAAUUAGGUCUUUGAGUCAAUUAGUAGGUUGCCUAGAAUUCCAAGAGAUAACCUUGUUUUAUCUUUGAUGUAUUAAUAGGCAUACAAAUCAGAGAACCCUGAGAAAAAGGCCAAAUAGAUUUAAUAAGUAAUUUAAGCCUCCUUUCGAAAUGUCAAAGGAGAUUUGAAAUCGAAAGACAAAGUUGUAUCUGGUUGGAAAUAUAAAUCGUCUGAUUAAAUUAUUAAGAACUUAAAAUAAAGUGAUGCAAGCUAAGAGAAGAGGUUUAAAGAAGACUACAUGGUUUUCGUUUAAUCUAAAAGACUAUCUUGA